AUGGCGCCAAAUGGUUACACUAAGAUCUCCUCUACCAAUGAAUUUGCUGAGAAAGCUGGUUUUGUUUCUGUCCUUCUACUACAAUGGAUGAACAAUGUCAUGAAGACAGGCAGUAAGCGAGCCCUAGAAGAAGGUGAUUUCGUACCACUCUCAAACGAGAACACCUCACUGUCAGCCACAGAACGUCUAGACAAAAAGUGGAGAGAAGAAAUAGCUAAUUCUAUGAAAAAGGAGAGAAGACCAAAGUUGUGGAAAAGUGUCGUGAAGAUGUUUUCCCCAAUUGAGGCUGCGUUUGUUGCCUGCUGUUGUGUCUUGUACGUAAUCGGCUCCAUACUUUCACCAUUGUUAAUUGGAUACUCGAUUUUCACGUUAAUGUCACCAGGCGAAAUGCAUCAGAAUAACAUCCUUCAUGGUUGCGUGUUAGCAACUGCUAUGGCUGUAAACACUUUGGUAGGGAGCCUCGGCAUGCAACAUCACGCUUAUGCGAGUGAAAUAAUGGGCAUCAGACUGAGUACCGCAUUAAAAGGUCUAGUUUACAAAAAGAUCUUACUGCUCAGCAAGAGCACAUUGUCAAAGGUUUCAGCCGGGCGUGUGAUCGACCUCUUGUCAAAUGAUGUUCAGCGGAUGGAGACAGCACCUAAAUGGAUUUUCACAAUAAGUUCAAGCAUACUUCAAAUCGUGUCUGCAACGUUUCUAAUCACGUAUCUGAUUGGCUGGCAGGCUCUUAUGGGAGAGAUAUUUCUCUGUCUUCUUUUGCCGUAUUACGCAGAGAUGUCUUCUGUCUAUGCUGCACUACGUCUGAGUUCAGCAGCGGAGUCUGAUCGGCGAAUUUCCUUAACGACCCAAAUGGUUUCUGGGAUACGUGCUGUCAAAGCACGUGCUUGGGAGGAUGCAUUCAGAGAAAAAAUAAAAAAUACACGAAAACGAGAAAUCAACAUCAUCCGUAAGAAAAGUGCCAUUCUCUCAAGUUUGGCUGCCUUGGAGUACACUUCAAUUCCAAUCCUUCUGUCUGUUGUCUCGCUGAUACAAAACGAUUCUACAUCUAUGAAUCAGUUGCAAAUAGCAGGUGAAAAAUCCCUUACUGAUCAGUGGAUAAACUCUUCUAGGCCAGGAACAUUAUGUGUGUCGAAUUUAAACUUCAAGGAAACAGCGAGAAAAGAUGGAUAUAUUCUUCAAGACGUGGAAUUCAAUGCUCCAUCAGGAAGCUUGACGGUUGUCACUGGACCAGUGGGCAGCGGUAAAUCAACUCUCCUCUCAGCGAUCGCUGGCGAGAUUUCAGACAUAAGCGGAACAAUAAGCCGUCAAGGAACCUUUGUGUAUGCGCCGCAAAUAGCCUGGGUGUUUUCUGGAACCUUAAAAGAAAAUAUUUUAUUUGGAGAGUCGUACGAUGAACCAAGAUACACCAGAAUAAUCGAGGCGUGUGCACUCACAGAAGAUUUUCAGCAGUUUCCGAAGGGUGACCAAACAGUUGUUGGCGAGCGCGGUACCGUUCUGAGCGGUGGUCAGCGUGCAAGAGUAAGCUUAGCACGUGCAGUGUACGUGGAUGCAGACCUUUAUUUGUUGGACGACCCUCUGAGUGCGGUGGACUACAAAGUUGGUGGGCAUAUCUUUGAAAAGUGUAUCAAGUCUUUGCUUGGUGAGAAAACCCGACUGUUAACUUCUCAUCAAGAGCAACACAUGAAAGAUGCCGACCAAGUGAUUAUGCUGCACAAAGGAUGCGUUCUGGGAAAGGGAACGGUCGAGGAGCUUAAAGAGAAAGGCAUUUUGGAUUCCACAAUCGACCCACUUUACAAGAAUACUUCGACAGAUAUCAAGUCUAACGACAUGGUCGCCGCAAGGGAGGAUGAAGAAAUACGCGGCGGUUUGAUGCCCCUAACUUCUGAUUGCACUGAUAUGAAAAUAUCUGUUGAAGAUCGGGCAAUCGGAACGGUGUCAAGUAAGCUUUACUGGGGCUACUUCAGAAGUGGUAUUCACUCCUUGUUCAUUAUUGGAAUGAUUUGCCUGUUUUUCAUUACACAAGCAUCGAUGGUUGUCCCUGACGUAUGGUUGUCCUUUCUGACUACGAAACAUCCACCAGAACAGAAAGACGAGAAAAAUCUUACUAUCUAUAGCUGUUUGGUCGCUGCUUCCUUCAUAUUAGGCAUCGUCAGGGCCUACAUUUUCUUUUUGGUUUGUCUAAGAUGCUCUGAGCGUCUUCACGACAAAAUGGUUGUGGCUCUUUUAAAAGCACCGGUUCUUUUCUUCGACUCAAAUCCCGCGGGUAGAAUCCUAAAUCGAUUCUCUAACGAUGUGGGUUGCAUGGAUGAGUUAUUACCGCUACAGUUUCUAUCUACAAUUCAGCUGGCUUUGUUGUUGCUCUCAUCGAUUAUAGUGCCUUCUGCUGCGAACCCUUGGCUUUUGUUUGUCACCAUUCCAGUGACAGCUAUGAUUCUUUAUUUCGCGAGAUUUUACUUGAAGAGUUCCAGAGAACUAAAAAGAUUGGAAUCAAUAUGUCGAAGUCCAGUCUUCUCUCACAUAUCAGAGACUCUUGAUGGACUAGACACGAUUCGAACAAGAGGUAGACAGAGAGAUUUUAUGGACAAAUUUUACAGCUACCAAGACACUCAUAACCAGUCAUUCAUCAUGGUGACGGCGAGUGGCAGAUGGUUUGGUGUACGUCUAGAUGCAAUCAUUUCUCUUCUAAUUGGCUUAGUGGUCCUAGUGGCAGUUUUAGUAUCUCAAGAUGCCGGUAUGUGGAGUUCCAACCAAAGUAAUUGCGCCGUUCCGCGCUCAUGCACACCCAAAAGCUGNAUGAGCAGUAGCUGGAGACGGAUCAGCCAUGAGUUCCGAAUGCCACCAUCACCCUGA